UUUCUCUCCCAAUAGAUUAUAAAUAUGUCCCAGUACGCUCAUUUACUCGCUACCAAUUAUACUGCACUUGUGGCUCAAUACCUUGCUGAAGAUGUGCCUUCUUUUGAUUACGGAGGAUAUGUUGUAGGUGAUGGAGAGCAAGUAGCUAUUCUUUACUGCAAAGCCGAGGGUGUGGUUGCCGGUGUACCUUUCUUUGAUGAAGUCUUUAAGCAACUCGACUGCAGAGUGGAGUGGAAGGUGAAAGAGGGAGAUUACCUGAAGCCGGAAGGAAAGCUCGAGAUUGCCCGAGUUUACGGUUGCGCCCGUAAAAUUUUAUUGGGUGAGCGUACAGCUCUUAAUAUUAUUUCUCGAUGCAGUGGUAUUGCCUUAAGAGCACGUAAAGUAAGUGAUUUACAAAAGGAAAAAGGGUUUGGUGGUGUGAUUGCGGCCACACGCAAGACCACACCAGGUUUCCGUUUGGUAGAAAAGUAUGGCGUACUUGUCGGUGGAUUGGAUACCCAUCGUAUGGAUCUUUCUUCCAUGGUCAUGUUAAAGGACAAUCACAUUUGGAGCUCGGGCUCAAUUACAAAGGCCGUUCAUAACGCACGUAGUGUAUGUGGAUUUGCUCUCAAGAUUGAAGUCGAAUGUCAAAGUGAAGCUGAGGCUGAUGAGGCUAUUGCUGCAGGUGCAGAUAUUGUCAUGUUGGAUAAUUUCACUGGCGCAGGAUUACAAUUAGCUGCUCAAAGCAUUAAAGAGCGUUGGGCUGCUCGAGGUAAAACUCAUUUCUUGAUCGAGAGUAGUGGUGGUAUUACUUAUGAGACUUGUGCUACUUACUUUUGUCCUUAUAUCGAUGUCUUGAGUAUGAGUACCAUUACCCAAGGUGUCCCUCACGUUGAUUUCUCUUUAAAAAUCAGUCCUCAACAAUAAAAUAAAAAUACUUUUUUCUUUUUUUUUGUUAUA